GAGGCAGAGCAGGAGGAAGCCGGAAGUGCAUAGGGUCCGGGUCGGUCCGGGCGUUGCGGGAUUGGGGCCUGGAAUCGUUCGGCCCCCGGCAGCUGGGAAGCCCGUGACAGGGCAGAGCGGCGCCAUCCCAGCCCUGAGGACUGCUGACCGCCCUAGGUCCCAACCCCCCGUUCUCCGGUGUCGGCCCUGACAGCCCCGCUCUGGCCUCACCUGCUGCGAGCCCAGAACAUCGCCCUUUUCCCCGGGACAGGCAGGUUCGGCGCGCCCCGCAGAGGUCGGCGGCGACCAGCAGCGACCGCGGAGCGACGGCGGGCGGCCCCGGGCAUGUACGCCCCCGGAGGCGCAGGGCUGCCCGGCGGGCGCCGGCGGAGGAGCCCAGGAGGCAGCGCUCUGCCCAAGCAGCCGGAGCGUAGCCUGGCCUCGGCCCUGCCUGGCGCCCUGUCCAUCACGGCGCUGUGCACUGCCCUCGCCGAGCCUGCCUGGUUGCACAUCCACGGAGGCACCUGUUCCCGCCAGGAGCUGGGGGUCUCAGACGUGCUGGGGUACGUGCAUCCGGACCUGCUGAAAGAUUUCUGCAUGAAUCCCCAGACAGUGCUGCUCCUGCGGGUCAUUGCUGCCUUCUGCUUCCUCGGCAUCCUAUGUAGUCUCUCUGCGUUCCUUCUGGAUGUCUUUGGGCCCAAGCAUCCAGCCCUGAAGAUCACCCGUCGCUACGCCUUUGCCCAUAUCCUAACCGUCCUACAGUGUGCCACCGUUAUCGGCUUCUCUUACUGGGCUUCUGAACUCAUCCUGGCCCAGCAGCAGCAACAUAAGAAGUACCAUGGCUCCCAGGUCUAUGUCACCUUUGCCGUUAGCUUCUAUCUGGUGGCAGGAGCCGGCGGGGCCUCAAUCCUGGCCACAGCAGCCAACCUCCUGCGCCACUACCCGACAGAGGAAGAGGAGCAGGCGCUGGAGCUACUCUCCGAGAUGGAGGAGAAUGAGCCCUACCCAGCAGAGUAUGAGGUCAUCAACCAAUUCCAGCCGCCCCCGGCCUACACGCCCUAGUGCCCACCAUGGGCUUUCUUCCUUGGCAGCCCUCCCCGACUCUGCAGCUCCUCUCAUACCCAGAGGAGCCCCUUUCCCCAGCAGGCCUCACUGGUAGGAUCCUGACCAUCGUCACCAAAACUUCCCAGGAGAGACUCUGCCUUUAGGGUUGUCCGUGUAUCCCUGCUCUCAAAACCUGAGGUUCAUUGAUUUUAUAUAAUGCACUGUCUCCCCUCCUGCCACCUUCUGUUCCCUUCACGUUCACUAGUCAUUACCAACCAGGGAUGUCAUGCAAGUUUUCUCUCCUCACGGACCAUAUCUUUGGGAUUGGGACUUUUCCUUAGAGAGCUGCUGAUAGUGGACAGUCCCAGAUAGAAGUAUCGACAGGGCCCAAGGGGAAGCGGACUGUGCCCUGUGGGCUCACUUCACAGGGAUCAACGAUUGUUCCACAGCUGUAGCUCUGGGCUGGCCACCUCCACCUGGCCCUCAUUCCUUCUGGGAGUGCUCUAAUACCAGGCUGCCCACUCCGUGGAGUUCUCUGCACUUUAGUCUUUGGACUUCUCCUCACGUGUGUUCUGGUUUUGUGGGGAGAAGGACCUGGUGUGGGGAAAGCAGAGCAGUUGUUCUCCCCACCCUGCCCUUGCUUCGUGUGGCUGGAGCCCAGGCCACGAGAGCAGAAGCUGGUGUGAGACAGGCCUCCUGGUGCCUGUCAAGGAUCAGAGGUGGACUAGAUCUUCCUAGCCCCUUCACGUUUUAAAUGUGAGUUGUCUUAAAAAGAAAAAAAACCAAGCAGCAGCAA